AUGGGAGCACAAAAACAGCUUCUGGUGACGGCUACGCCCAAACACCCCUCAACACCAUCAAGGUAUACAAACACAGAGNCUGCCUACGACUACCAAACCAUUCACUCCAUCUUCGCCUCCACCCUCGUCUCCCACGUCUCCUUCAUCACCCUCGACGAACACAAUGACCCAACACCAAUAAAUCUGCCUUUGACAGCAGUACUAGGCCGCUACGAUGUUUCCCACCCUCUCCCCGAUCACCCUACCCCUGAACAGUCUUCCCACCAUAAAGACCUCAACAGACCGCUAGACCUCUACCUCCACGGCAACGUAGCAAUGAUGCUGCGACGCGCAGUCCUCAAGAACGGAACCAUAAAAGUCUGCAUCACAACCACAAAAGUGGACGGUGUAGUUCUAAACUAUACACCCAAUGGCCACUCCCUAAACUAUCGUUCCGCCGUCAUCCAUGGAACCGUUGAACUCGUCUCUUGCCCAGAAGAGAAAAAAUUCGCAAUGCAUCUCCUUACGAACCAUAUGGUUCCUAAUCGCUGGCAAAAGGUGAAUCCAGUCACGUCUUCAGCGCUAAAGAGCGUGCAGGUGCUUCGCGUAAGCAUUACGUCCGCAAGCGCAAAGGUGCGGGCCAAGAAUAUGGGGUUGGCGGAUAGUUGCAACAUUGCUGCCGAGAGAGAUAACAUAUAUACUGGUGUGAUUCCUUUAUACGAGGUACUAGGGGAGCCGGUGGAGAGUGGGUAUAGUCCGGGCAGACCUGUACAAAAGCACUUACAGGAAUGGAGAGAAGAGAGAAAUGCACAGGAAGAAGCGUAUGCGGUGGCAGCAGCAGAGAAUGAACCUGAAGAAGCAGAAACAAUAGCCGAGCAUGUCAAGAAAAUUGAUGAGAUACAGCGGCAGAGAGGUAAAGAGACGGUAGAUACGGGAGUUGGUGUCUAG